GGAUUUAAUUAAAUAAUCGUGAGUGACGUGUUCUAUGAUAGAUGAUUUCGUCCGCUUUCACAAUCGUAUAAAUAAGGCGUAAUGUUAUCCUAAAGAAGCGAAGUGACUACUGGAACUAAAAUGAAAGCCGUUCUGUCAGCAGCUUUGUUUGCCUUUGUAUUGGCUCUGGCCUACACCGAGGAGUGCCGAAGCACCGCCGAUUGCGGUCACGUGACCUGUCCGGAAAACGAUUACACGCUUGACUGCGAACACAAACAGUGCACAUGCACCCACACGACCGCCAACUGCACCGCUGUUGGUGAUUGCCGUGGCAACUGUGACCGAGACUGGCACUGCGUUGACGGCAGGUGUCGCUGUGGAUUCGGAUUCGGGGGCAACCCAGUGGGGAAAUAGAAAAUGAGCUUUCUUAUUGAAUAUUCAUCUGAUUAAAAUUGGUUGAAAAUA